AUGGAAAUAGAGAAAAAGGGCUUGGAAGAAAAAAAUAAGCAAAUUGGAGAAACAACUGGAAAAAGAGAAAAGAAAGUUGACCACAUUAAUGAAAAGGAUAGGGAUGUGAAAGAAGAAACUGAUGAAAACAGAAACAGUGAGAAGAUGGAGACAGAGAUAGGGAAGAACGACGAAGAGAAGAACGAAUUACAGAGAAAGCUGGAGAGAAAGGAAGAAGAGCUAAGUGCUUUGAAAAAAGAAGUUGAGGAGAAAGAAAAGGAAAUUGGCAGAAUAAACAAAGAGAAGGGGGAUGUGUUAGAGGAAAAUAUGGUGUUGAAAAUUGAGAAAUCAUCCCUGAAUUCAAGAGUGAAGCAAUUGGAGAGCAUAGUGAUGGCACUUACUGAGAAGUAUGAGUCGCCAAUUGCACGUCCAGGUGAUGACAACGUCUCAACGCCUCCUCCCCCACCGCCUAGUUUCCUUCCGCCAAAAUCAAAGGCCUCUCAGGACAAGCCAACUGAUAGCAAGCACUCCAAAAACACAAAAUCUCAAUGCGGUAUUCAGGCAACUCAACCACAACCUACCUACUCCACAGCAAGCGCAUCUGAGAUGACAUUUACGGCACCUCACUCAACCGACCGAGGACAUCAGUCACCACUUCAGUGCCUCGCCCAAGCAACUGCACAGAUUCAUUCACUAACCUUUCCUGAUGUUAAAUUGGGAACAACAGAAGAUGCUUGCACAGCGAAUAUUGCUUGA